CUUUUUCAGAUCACUUGAUGCAUCUUCACCUUAGGACUCACCCGCACGCUUCUCAGUAGCCUAGAUAGUUUGGAUUUUGUUCAGUCUAGAUUAUAGAUUCAAGUUCAAUACGCUUUAUUUUAGCUGAUUGAAGCCAAGUACCAUGGAUUUUCAAGAGGAGUUUGGAAAACUCCAUGCAGAUAAUGAGGAGAUGAAAGAAAUGAUGCUACAGCUACUGGUUUUACGCCAGGAGCAGAAUCGGAACACUGGCACCCUGAUCUGUACCGCAUGUUCUCAGCAUCAGCUGCUUCCUCAUCUCCAGCCUCAUCUUCUGCCCUUGCCCCACAAUCCCACAAUGCUUUGCGGCCCACUCCAGCCCUUGCAUGCCAGUGCGGCACCUUGCCAGCGGAAGCUGCUAGCCCCCAUACCCCCUGCAUCCCCCCACCACCAGCUGCAGCGGUCUGCGAGGGCUACGCUGAGACCCAUGAGUGCUCAGCAGAAAGAGCGCCAGACUAACAAGGAACUCCUGCAGGAGGUCCUGGAACUCGCUGAGGAGAUCAAACUCGCCAGUCUCAACGAUACCAAAGCCUGGGACCAGACAGGCUACUCUGUGGGCAGCCUCAGGUCUGUGGAUCGCAGGACACCGUCGGCGCUCCGUACUCUGCCCUUCCUCAAUUCACCAAUUGCCCCUGCUAUCCCCGCCCCCCCAAAGACAACCAGUCACAGUCAGUUCCAGAGUAGACUACCCCGUCUCAAGAAGACAAUAUCAGUCAAUGUGGUCACUGCUGUGACAGAGCAAAAGUCCGUUGAGUCUCUGACAGGGAAGCAGGAGGAAACGAGGGAGCAGAAGGAGGUGAAGAAGAGGAAAGUGAACGAGGCAAGGCAUACAAACAAGACCCAGCUGGCCAAGAAUCUCCCAGAGUUGGCCAAACUGCGCCCACUGUCCUGUCCCGAGCAGGCCCUCCUGCAGGCCUUUACAGUGCUCAGCGACGAUGACUGGGAGAAGAAGAUCGAGGCCCUGAUCUCCAUUAGAUCUCUGGCUCAACACCACGCCAAGGUGCUGCUACCCAGGCUGCAUGAUGUUUGUCUGGCCGUCAAUCAAGAGGUGAAGAACCUGCACUCAGUGGUGUCCCGUGCUGCCAUGGUGACACUGGCCCACCUGUUUGCUCACCUGGGGCAGGACAUGGAUGCAGAGGCCGAGGGCGCAGCCCGGACACUGCUGCCGAAGGCUGGAGAGUCUAGCAGCUUCAUGAAGGACAUGGAUCUGGCCCUGGGGUACAUGGUGUAUAACACCAACCCCAUCCGCAGCAUGAAUGCUCUCAUUAACGGAGGACUCAGUCACAAACAUACAGCCGUGAGGAAGAGCACUGCACGGCACCUGGAGAAAGUGACGGAGGUCAUGGGGGCAGCUCGUCUCCUGUCCGGCAAAAAGGACCUGACUGCCCGCUUCAUCCAUGCUGCUAGCUGCCUGGCCCUUGACAACACACUGGAAGUCAGGAAUCAGGCCCGUAGCAUUCUGUCUAUAGUGGCCUCCCAUCCCGACCUCAUCAAGAUGGUGGAAAGGUUCGCCCCUCUGAGUGAUCAAAUCCGCAUGAAGGACUUUAUCAACAAAUGCCAGAAAAGACCUUUGCGUUGACGUGGACAUCAGAGCCAGAACGAGACCGCACCCAUGUGUGACAAACACACACACACACAGGGUGCUGUAGAGAUACGCUAAUGCACAUCCUUUUCACACAUAAAAUAAAAAACAAAAAUAAUG